AUGGCCUCGGCGGACGACGCGGCGCAGCAGCGUUGCCCCGGGGCGGAGCGGGCGGCGGCGGCGCGGUGCCGCAGCCUGCCGGCGAUCGGCGGGGCGGCGCCCCGGGGCCGCGGGGCCGCGCUCGGCUCCCCCCUGGCGGCCGGGGGCGGCGGCGGUGCCUCGCCGAGCGCCGGCGCCCCGGCGGCUGCCGAGGACGGGCCGGGUGCAGCCGCCGCCGUCGGGACUGCCGGCACCCCGCCUGCCGCCGCCGCCGCCGCCGGCGGCAUCGGGAGCUUCCCCCGGAGGACGGAGCCGGCGGCGGCCGGGAGAGGGGUGUCCCCCGGAGCCCCUCCGCCGCCGCCGCCACCGCUGCUGCUGGCGGGGCCGCCGGGCAGAGCGUGCCUUCGGGCCGUGUUGGCGGACUCGCGCUUCUUCCUGGUGUGCAUGUGCUUCCUGACCUUCAUCCAGUCCCUCAUGGUCUCCGGCUACCUGAGCAGCGUCAUCACCACCAUCGAGCGGAGAUACAGCCUGAAGAGCUCGGAGUCGGGGCUGCUGGUCAGCUGCUUCGACAUCGGGAGCCUGGUGGUGGUGGUGUUCAUCAGCUACUUCGGGGGGCGCGGGCGCAGGCCGCUCUGGCUGGCCGUCGGGGGCUUCUUCAUCGCCCUGGGGGCCGCUCUCUUCUCCCUACCUCACUUCAUCUCCCCGCCGUACCAGAUCCAGGAACUGAACUCUUCUGUCAGCAACGAGGGCUUGUGCGUGACCGGCAACGGCACCUCCAAGGAGCAGUGGGACUCGCCGGCCUGCAUCAAGGACUCCGGUGGGAACGAUCACUCCCUCUAUGUAGCUUUAUUCAUUUGUGCCCAAAUUCUCAUCGGCAUGGGCUCCACACCUAUCUAUACCUUGGGACCAACCUACCUGGAUGACAACGUCAAGAAAGAGAACGCCUCGCUUUACCUAGCCAUCAUGUAUGUCAUGGGAGCACUCGGUCCUGCAGCUGGCUACUUACUGGGAGGACUUCUCAUUGGUUUCUAUGUUGAUCCUAGGACAACUGUUUAUAUUGACCAGAAUGAUCCCCGAUUCAUUGGAAACUGGUGGAGUGGAUUUCUUCUUUGUGCCAUUGCAAUGCUCCUUGUGAUAUUUCCAAUGUUUACCUUUCCAAAAAAGCUUCCUCCUCGACAUAAAAAAAAGAAAAAGAAAAAGAAAAUGAACUCUGAUGAUGUUUCAAGUGAUGAUGAAGUCAUGAAAGAGAAAACAAAUAGCAAAAUACAAGCAGACAGUGCAGUUCCUGCUUCUAUGGGAUUUGGAAAGAAUGUUAAAGAGCUUCCACGGGCAGCUGUCAGGAUCUUAAGCAACAUGACAUUCCUUUUUGUGAGUUUGUCAUACACAGCUGAGAGUGCCAUUGUUACAGCUUUUAUUACCUUCAUUCCCAAGUUCAUCGAGUCACAGUUUGGCAUCCCAGCAUCCAAUGCCAGCAUCUACACUGGUGUAAUAAUUGUUCCAAGUGCUGGUGUUGGUAUUGUCCUAGGUGGCUACAUAAUCAAAAAACUGAAACUCGGUGCAAGAGAGUCUGCAAAGCUGGCCAUGAUCUGCAGUGGUGUGUCUUUGCUGUGUUUUUCAACUCUCUUCAUUGUUGGAUGUGAAAGCAUUAAUCUAGGGGGAAUAAAUAUACCUUAUACGACUGGUCCCACUCUUGCCAUGGCCCACAGGAAUCUCACUGGGAGCUGUAACGUGAACUGUGGAUGUAAAAUUCAUGAGUAUGAGCCUGUCUGUGGAUCAGAUGGAAUAACGUAUUUUAAUCCUUGCCUGGCUGGCUGCAUCAAUGGUGGAAACCAUAGUACAGGGGUAAGAAAUUACACAGAGUGUGCCUGCGUCCAAAGCCGCCAGGUUAUCACACCACCAACAGUGGGCCAGCGCAGCCAGCUCCGGCUGGUCAUCGUCAAAACCUACCUGAAUGAGAACGGCUAUGCUGUUUCUGGGAAGUGCGAUCGAACCUGCAACACACUUAUCCCGUUCCUGAUAUUUCUCUUCAUAGUGACCCUUAUAACAGCGUGCGCCCAGCCGUCAGCAAUCAUAGUGACACUCAGGUCUGUGGAAGAUGGGGAACGGCCCUUUGCACUAGGAAUGCAGUUUGUUCUAUUACGAACUCUUGGUAAGUCAUGUAAGCUACUAAGCUUUCACAGAAACCACAGAGUUUCCAAAAGGUUUGUGAUGUUUGCCUUAAAUGUAACAUCAAAGUAGUAAAAUUCCAU